AUGUCGACACACACUUAUAAGAAGUUUGAAGAGGCUCAAUCGGGCGUUUUGCCCGAUAAAAUGACCAUAUAUCAGGACUGUUUGAAUGCGUUUAACGAAUCGCCUGUGAAUUCCAAAAGGUGCAGACUUUUGAUUUCAAGACUUCUGCAAUUACUUGCCCAGGGUCAGACCUUUCCUCGCACGGAAGCUACUGCUCUGUUUUUCGCCAUCUCUAAACUGUUUCAGCACCCAAAUGACUCCCUUAGACAGGUGGUUUACCUCGCCAUCAAGGAACUGAGCAGUGUAUCGGACGAUAUUCUGAUGGCUACGUCCUCCAUCAUGAAGGACGUGCAGAAUGGCUCUGACAUGAUUAAACCCAAUGCAAUUCGUUCUCUAACUCGCGUGUUGGACGAAUCCACCGCAUUUUCGGCAGAACGUCUGUUCAAAUCGGCGGUUGUUAGCAAACAUCCAUCGAUCUCGUCUGCUGCACUUGUGAGCUCAUACCAUUUGCUGCCAAUCGCUGAAAGUACUGUCAAACGCUACUCCAACGAAACUCAGGAAGCCGUAGGCGACCUCAAAACUUUCCCCUAUCAUGAUGGCUUGUCGGAGCAUUAUCCAAACUCGACGUAUAUUGCACAAUACCAUGCGUUGGGUCUUUUGUGCAUGCUAAAAAACCAUGAUAAAAUAGCUCUUAUGAAGUUGGUGCAACAUUUUUCUUCCGGAAGCACGUUGAAGAAUCAACUAGCCCAGGUGCAACUAGUCAAGUUGGUAGGAAGUUUGCUGUCCAAGGACAACCAAAUGAUUUCGCAGCUGUCUCCUUUGCUACUCGGCUGGCUGUCUAACAAGUACGAAUCAGUCCAGCUCGAAGCUGCUAAGCUAAUCACUUCUUUGCCAGACCGCUACGUUUCUCCAGAAUUGUUUUCAUCGGCAGUUCAAACUUUACAAGGACUACUGUCAGUUCCUCGUGCUACUACCAGAUUCGCAGCUGUUAGGGUGUUGAACAGAAUCUCCAUGGUAGCCCCUGAAAAGAUUGUUGUGUGCAACCCUGAAUUGGAGUCAUUGAUUAACGACAGCAACAGAAACGUGUCCACUUACGCUAUCACCGCAUUGUUAAAGACAGGAACUUCUAAUAACAUUGCAUCCCUCAUCAAAACUAUCACAAACUUCAUUCACGAAAUAUCGGAUGACUUCAAAAUUAUAAUUAUAGAUGCAGUCCGCACAAUGGCUUUAAAGUUUCCUGAAGAAUGGAAGGCUAUUCUGAACUUUCUUGUUAAUGUUUUGAAGCAAGGUGAGGGUGGAUUUCAGUUCAAGAACAGUAUUGUGGAGGCCCUUUUUGAUCUCGUCCAAUUUGUUCCACAAUCCAAGGAACUGGCUCUUGAAAAUUUGUGUGAUUUCAUCGAGGACUGCGAGUACAAUGAGAUUCUUGUGAGAGUUUUGCAUUUGCUGGGUAAGGAGGGUCCUGGUAUGAAGACUCCAUCGCUGUACGUCAGGCACAUAUACAACAGGGUUGUGUUGGAGAACUCCAUAGUCAGAUCCGCUGCUGUCGUGGCUCUCUCUAAAUUUGCUUUGGUCAAAAACGACCCAACGUUUGUGGACUCAAUUGAAAUCUUGCUGAGAAGAAUUUCCACCGAUGUUGACGACGAAGUGAGGGACAGAGCAACCAUUGCACUGGAGUUAAUCGAAUCCAUCAAAUCGAAGGGUGGAAAUGACUCAUCUCCUGCCGAGGGUCUCAUCCAGUCCAAGUAUACCUAUGAUUUGGCAUCCUUAGAGUCGAAACUCAGCCAGUACAUGGCUGCUAAACAGGAGGCAUUCAAGACUCCAUUUGAUACUUCUUCCAUCGCUAGGUACACCGAGGACGAAAGAAAGGCCAUCGACUUUAAGAGAAAGCAAGAACAAUUAUUCACGACAGUGUCUUCCGGGAAAUCCAAGGGUAAGAGUGGAGUUUCAUCUGAAGCUGAUAAAAAGAAUGGAUCAUACGGUGGGCCUGCUGCUACUGAACUGGACCAGGAUAUGCAGGCCACGAAGUACGCCGAGGAACUCGCUUCGAUUGAAGAGUUCAAGUCGUUCGGUUCCAUCGUCAACACCUCCAGGGACGUCGCAUUGACUGAAACCGAGGCUGAGUUUGUUGUUACCGGCGUGAAACAUUUGUUCAAAUCCCAUGUUGUUUUACAGUUCCACAUUACGAACACCUUGGCUGAUGUCGCUUUGGAUAAUGUUUCCGUUGGGUGCACCCCAGCUCUUGGCGACGAGGAGUCUUCGUUGACUGAGGUGAUCUCCAUACCGGCUGAUAGAAUCAAGCCCUCAGAAACAUUUUCGUCCUACGUGGCUUUCGAAAAAUCCCAGGAAGUUGUCACUGAGGAUCUGUUGAACACCUUAUACUUCACCACCAGAGAACUUGAUUCCUCCACUCAGGAACCUUUCGAGGGAGAUGAAGGCUACCAGGACGAAUACGAAAUCGAUAGCUUGCCAUUGACUGCGGGCGAUUAUAUCAGAGGUGCUUUUGUGGGCGACUUUACCUCGUGCUUCGAUGAGCUGCCCAAUCAUGAAAUUUCCGUCUACAAUAUCAGAGAAAACUUGUCUUUACAAGAAGUUGUGGACAAGCUGAUCACCAAUACCAGUUGUUUGACGUUGGAUAACACUCAGUUCACAUCUACAGACUCAAACACGCACACUUUGAAACUGUUCGGGAAGAGUGUACUAAACGGAGCAAGAGUAGCUCUUGUCGUUCGGAUGAUCAAGAGCUCUAAAGGAAUUGCCUUGAAGGCCGAAGGUAGGUCUGACGAUGCUGUCCUAUGUAGCGAUAUUGUCAAUGGACUUAUUUAG